AAGACCCGGCGUUUUCAUCCCAUGAUUCCCGCGGCACUUCGCCCGGACACCAUGCCGCCUCGACGAACCACUGAUCUCUUCUGGCUACUGCUGUUUCUAUGUGCAGUGGCGGCGCAAGUCUUCUUCGCGUUGAUGGCGUUGUACCAUGGGGUGAAAAUUGACUUUGAGGGUGGCAGCUUCGACGAAGUGCUUCAAAACGUGACAGUGCACGACGGUUGGUUGUCCCGGGCCAAGGAUGCGGUGACGAAUUGGGUGGAGCUGCGGCCGGAGAAUCUCCGCUUGGAGUCGCAGGGCAUCGCUGUUGCUUUGGGCACCUCUGCUGUCUCCAGUGGAGCCUUCCUGCUGCUAUUGGCCUAUUUCCCCGUCCACCUGGUGGUGAACGUGGUGGCCAUUGGCGGCCCCUUGUCCCUCCUGGCCAUUGGCGGCCUGGCCAUCUCCGGUUCACCCGUGGCCCAACUGCUGGGGGUGGAGGCUCAUUUUGGAUGGCCACUGGUGCUUGUGGGCGUCCUGGCAUUGAUCUUCGUCAGCUUCGCCUGGGGCUACCUUCGCCUGGGCAUCGCCGUGCUGCGCUGCAGCGCGGCCUUCUUGCGCGCAAGGCCAUCCAUUGGUGCAUAUCCUUUGCUCUUUGGCCUUGUUCACAUUGCUGGCCUCGCCUUGUGGGGCUUAGCUGUGCUGGGCAUGCGUAGCAGCUUUCAAGACAUCGAGGAUUUGGACUGGCAGUCGCAGUUUGGGACCGCUUCGGCGAUGUUGCUGUGCUUUCUUUGGGGCAACGCCUUCGUCACAGGUUUAUCCACCUUUGCAGUGGCUUAUGCCGCCUGCCACUGGUAUGGCCGAGGUUCGAAAGAUGCCGGCCACGGUGGACUGGUGGCGAUCCAAGUAGGCCUCAGAUAUCAUGCAGGGAGUUUGGCUUUGGGUUCUCUGCUUCUUGCCCUGGUUCGCACGCUGAAUGUGAUGCUGUGGUGGGCCGAGAAGGCACAAGAGGAAGCUGCCGCCGCCGCCAGCGGCGCAGCGCAGCGUGCCGUGGGCUUGCCGGUGCAGAGACCCGCGCAGCCGCCCAGCUUGCUGCGUUCCUUGCGCAACUUUGCCGCGGAGGCCGAGAACAGCGUUCCGGGCGACGGGAUGUUACGGGAGCCAAUUCAAGUCAUGGGAGAUGCAGAGAGGGACCAAUCUGGAGGUGCCUGGUCUCGCGUUCCAGUUUGGGACGGAUCGCCACAGACGUGGCGAGCUUUCCAGAGAGAAAUGAAAUGGUGGACUAGCAGCCUGGACUUAGAAGGAACGAAGAAAUACAACCUUGCUGCACGUUGGUUGUUGAGGCAGUCCGGCGUAGUUCGCCAAAGAGGUGAAGAGUUCAAUCCAGAUGAGCUUGAGUACCAGAAGGAGGUCAAAGGUGAAGAUCCACAGACAGGUGACGAAGUUGUCAUUACGCCUGAGGACCCGCUGAGUGGCUUGACAAAGUUGCUGAAGGCGUUAGAGGGCAUCAAUGGCAAAACAACACUUGAUAAACGUGGAGAGCUGAGAAAUUUGUUUUAUUUGGAGCUGAAGAGAAAACCAGGUGAACGCAUAGCUGAGUUUUGCUCCAGGUUUAGAGUUUCUCUUGCAGACCUCAGAACGGAGGGAGUGACCUUGCCUUCCGGUGAAGUUGGAUGGUUUUUCAAGACAAAGCUUGGUCUUGACCCGCUGCGAGUGCAACUCCUGGAAACAGCCUUGUCAGGCGCUGAGGAGUACGAGACGAUUGAACGUGAAGUUCUUCGACUUUUCAAAGAUCUGCAUUCUCAGGAUCCGUUGGUGCGCAAGUCCUUUGGAGACAGCAACAACAAGGGUGGUUCCUUGAUGCAGAGGUUUUUGACUUCACAGAAUCCUUCAAGCAAGCCUUCGUCCUAUGCACCUUCGAUGGCUAGCUCUGUGCCGAGGUCCCACAGGACUUCAACGACUUCUGGAUCAAGCAGGUUCAGUGGAUUUAGAAAGCCUUUCCCGGCCAGACAGGCCAUGGUUUCUGAAGCAGAGGACCCUGAACCCGAUGAUGAAACAGAGCUGUUGGAGGAUGAGAAUGAGGCUGAGCCGAACUUGGAGGAUAUGCUGAAAAGUGAAGCCGAAGCACUUGCGGCUGAGUUGGAUGACGCUGCAGACAACGGCGUCGAUGCCUCGACCUUGCAGGAGAUAGAAGAAUCAGUUGAAACCGCAGCUGAAGCACUCCUCACCAUGAAGGAGGCACGAACGAAGUUGCAGGAAGUGAAACGUGAUCGGGGUUACCUGAAACCAGCCGAUGGUACCUCGAAGAACAACCCAAAGAAGACUGCCAAGAACCCAUGUUUCGAUUGCGGCCUUCCAGGACACUGGGCUGGAGACCCGGAAUGUGGCAAACCUGGACAAGGCCUUGCAAGGAAGUCUUCGUUGAAGAAACCCGGCAGCCGACAUGUCAAAGUGGUUGAAACUUUGAAUACAGAACAUGUGGAUGAAGCGGAAGGUGAAAGCCAUGAGGUGCUCACCGUGUCGGCACAGCCUUUGUCCCAGUCCUUUGUAGCUGCACUUGAAGAUGCCCACUCCGUGACAAAAGAAGCGCUGAUUGCACAGCUGGCAGAAGACAAACGUCUUGUUGGAGCUUUGGAUUCGGCAUGCAACAGAACAUGUGCUGGACCGGAUUGGUUGAAAGGGUAUCUUCAUGGACUUCAAUCUGCACCAGAAAGCAUUAGGAGCCUAGUGACCUCAAAGCCUGAGCAUGAAACCUUUCGUUUUGGAAAUGGCGGCACCAAGGUGUCGGACAUGCGAUGGAGAUUGCCAACAGUGAUAGGAGGGAGGCUGUUUUGCUUUUGGUGUUCGGUGGUGCCAGUUCCAUCACUUGGUCUUCUACUUGGCCGUGAUUUUUUGGAAAGUAUUGGAGCUGAUCUGUCCUUUUCACGCCGUGAACUUUGCUGUGAACGUUUGGGGGCUGAGAAGAUUCAACUGAAACAGCUGGCUGCAGGACAUUACCUACUGCCUUUGAUUCCUGCUGCAUGGCCAGGUGUGGGCUCUCAGCGUUGGCGUAGGAUUGGACAAGAUGGCAUCAUUGAGUUGCAGAUGUCGACACCAGUCGGCGUGCAGACCGGCAGAUGGCGCCGAAUGUUCCUCAAGCUGAACGAGCGCAUGCUGUGGGCCGCAAGAGGCGUCCUGCUCUGGCUUUUACAAAGGCCUUUCUUGCGCUUUCUGCCCUUUCCAUACCCAUCGACGUCAUCAACAGACAAAUGGUUGGAGCAAGCGCGCAAGCAGGUUUCAGCCGGGGUGAUCUCAAAGCGCCACUUCAAGUUGGCGGUCGCAAUGAAGCAGUUCACCAUGGCCAAUCUGGGAGAAUGCAUACACCUGAGAGGACGCAUUGGCCUCAAAUUGGCGUUCUGCGAGGACCCGACGGUGGAGGGCAUGUUGCAAGCUCUUCCAAUGAAAGGCAUGGCCAACAAGAUCCGAAAGGCCGUUCAAGCAGAAGCUGUGGCCGCAGCCAAACAGCUUGCCAGCGACAACAAGCGAGAGGCAGAGGCCCGGACCUUGACUGGACCAAAGGGCGGACUUCCUUCACUACGAGGGGACCUGGUGAGACUUGCAGCCCUUCUCCAAGUGACUCUUGGAGACAAGGACACCAUCGAGGUGAUCAAAGAAAAGGUGAAGCCAAUGGUGGCCAUUCUCAAAGAGAAGCCUGUGCAGCCGACCGCUGCAAAGUCAUCAGCCAAAGCCAAAGCUGCCAAGCCGAAAAGCCAUCCCAAAGAUGCGAGCGCUUCCUCAAUGUCUUCAGAGGUGCGCCCACUGUCAGUUCUUCAAGAUCAGGUGGCAAGCUUGACAGCACAGUUGGAAGCAAUGAAAGCCUUGCUGCCGGAACAGCACCAAGUGCCGGUGGUGGAUCUCAUGGAGGUGGAUGCGAAAUUGGAAGUGGAGUCAAUGACUUCCGAGGAUUACAAGCAAGUUCAAGAAGUGAUGCUGGAGGAUUGCUACGGGGACGCCCUGAGAGCACAAUACGGGGACGUCGACCUGGUGGAUCUGACACAGGCUCAGAUGAUUGCACAAGCCUGGCAGAAGCAUGAAGCUGAUCGUUUGAAAACCUCCUGGGGCCCAGCCAAGAUCCGUGAGACUUUGGUUGCUGACUAUGAGAAUGAUUUCUGUAAUGCAUUGACGGAAGAGACCUUCAUCCAACCCAUGGUCUUUGAUUUUGAGUCCUUUGCGGUUUCUGACGCCAAUGCAGUUGAAAAGAAUUCCAAAACUUCAAAGAAUGCCAAAGUUUCUGAGUAUAAGCAGUUUUCCAAGAAUGCCAAAGUCCCAUCGAAUGUCAAGGUUUCUGCGAAUGACCUGGCCACAAAGAAUGUCAACCGUUCUGAGCCCUGUGCAGGCUCGUCGAAGGUCAAGCCGUUUGUCACAGAGGUCUACACGAGUGCUGAGAACGUCAUGAAAGAGGCCAGAAAACGUGGACACAAUGUGGGGCAAUCUAUGUCCUUGGAAACUGGUUGGAACUUCUUGGAUGCCAAUGACAGGUUCAAAGCCUACAACAAGAUCAGAGAUGAAAAGCCUUUUUGCGUGGUUUUAGCAUUUCCUUGCAAUGGUUUCAGCCCUCUUCAACGUUUGAAUGGACUUCACCCUGAAAGAAAAGCAGAAAGAAGGGCGAUUGGUCGUGAACUCAUGAAGUUUGCUUUGGAAAUAGCUGAACUGCAAAUCCGAGAAGGUCGUCAUGUCAUCUUAGAAAACCCUCGAGGCAGUGAAGCUUGGAAUGAACCUGAGAUGUUGCGUUUUCUUGAGGAGAAUGAGCUCUACGCCGCUAUCUUUGACCAAUGCCGUUUUGGCCUCAAAAGCCUUUCUGGUUGGUUGCACAAGAAGCCAACGAGAGUGGUGAGCUCAAGUUCAGAUGUUGCUGCGGAAUUGGAUGGAGUGACUUGCAUGCGCAACCACCCUCAUGCGCCAGUUCUGGGCGGCUCUCAUGUGACAGCCCGUGCGGGCAUCUACCCAAAGCCUUUGGCACGCGCCAUGGUUAGGGGCCUUGAGAAGCAAUUUGAACGAGAGUUUGCUCCUCGUGAAGCUCUUGCUGCCGAAAUUGGAGAGGAUGUUGAGGAGGAGGAAUUGGCUUUUGAAGGCGGUGGAUUGGUGAUGCCUCAAGAUGAUGGCAGCGAUGUGGAGGACGAAGUGGAUUCAAAAGGAACUGCAAUUCAUGUUUCUUCUGGCAUGCGCGCAACAAUCCUUCGACUUCACCAGAACACUGGCCACAGAUCGGGCAAAAGGUUAGCCCGAGCCCUAGCCACAGCGGGUGCACCUGCAGAAGCAAUUCAGGCGGCGAAACAACUUCAAUGCUCAGUUUGCCAAGAGCGACAACCACCUCGUGCACGUCGUCCUGCUUCUCUUCCUGUGCCUCGCGACAUGGGUGACCAGAUCCAUGUGGACUUGCUGGAAGUUUUUGACGCCAGCGAGAAGAAGUACGUAGUGGCCCACGCAACUGAUGCCGCUACACGAUUUCAAAUGGCUGAGAUUUUGCCAGACAAAUCAACCAAGUCUGUGGUGCGCUUCCUCUCUACCAGAUGGAUUGCAACAUUUGGCCCUCCGAGAGUGAUGGUCGUGGACCAAGGCAGAGAAUUUGUGUCUUGGGAAAUGGAGGAAUAUGCUGGAAGCCAAUCCAUUCUUUUGCACCACAUUGCCGUUCAGGACAUGCAGGUAGCUCUUGCCGAGGCGACAUCAGCUUACAAUGGCGACAUCAAUGAAUUGGGUGCCUCUCCUUUUCAGGCCGCCAUUGGACGUCAGCCUAGAAUGGUUGGAGACGUGCUGGGUGGCAUACAGACAAGGCUUGCAGAGCAUGGACUCAUUGACUCCAAGCCUUCGCUGGCUAGACAGUUGGCCAUGCGAGAAGUUGCCAAAAUCGGGAUGACCCGCCUUCACUUCAGCCGAAGUUUGCGGAAGGCAGAACUAGCACGAUCCCGAAACCCAACCAUUGAGCAGCUUCCAGAGCCUGGCACAAUCUGCUACUUCUACAGGCCUUUGAAGUACAACAACAAGACAGCGCCGUCCAAGAAGAAGCUCACUCUGAAACGUUGGCACGGCCCUGCACUUCUCCUGGCCAUUGAAGGCAGAAGCUCUGGAUACUUGAGCUACAAGGGGCAAUUGACCAAAUGCGCCCUGGAGCACAUUCGUGCAGCCAGCACGAUGGAACAGAUAGCUGCAGAUUCAUGGCGUGAGGCCAUCGAAGAAGCUGUUGAGGCUGCCACCUUGGACUUGUCGGCCCGUGGACUUCCUUUGGCCGAUGGUGGCGAUGGAACUGCUGUUCAACAACCAGCUGCUGUGAUGCCAAUGCCUGGCACUCCUGCCUUCUUGCCCUCAUCUUCAGCAGCUGCAGUUCCAGAACAAGCAAUGCCGAUUGGCGAUGACUUGCCUCCGGUAGCGCCUCAAGAACUUGCUGGUGCCUUGAUGCCUGCCUCUGCACCAGUAUCGACUGUGCCUUCCAGAAGACUGAGUGAGGCGACGUUUGAACGAGCCACCACAGAUGGACUUUCGAGUGGACUCGGCGAUGGACUUCGAAAACGAGCCUCAAGCUUUGCAAGUCAGUUGCAGGGCGUCAUGGAACAGGCACAACGUCAACGUUUGGCAGAGCCUGCAGGGACCAAACGAGCUGCAGACACAUCACUGGAAAGAUUGAAGGCUGAAUCCUCUGAGCCUCCUGAUCCUCAACCUGAUGGACCUCCAGUGAUCACAGCAACUUCAUCUACUGAGCCUGCGGCAGAAGCAUUGCAGACCACGAGAGAAGAUGUUUUGUCCAGUUUGGGCGAUCCUUCACUACAUCCACUGCAACACAUCUACAAUGCUGCCUGUGAAGACAGACUCAACCCUACUGAAGUGCGUGUGAAAGAUCAUGGUUCUUGGGAUGGCAGAUGGCCUUUACCCUCAAGAACGGAAUGGCAUGCUCACCAACGGCUUGGACUUCCUUGGCCUUGUGGGCAUGAUGAUCUGGUUGAAAAUGACGUGAUGGCAGUUCAAGCCAAUCGCAAAGAAUUUCACUGGCGCUCCAUGAAUGAUGCUGAGAAGGCUGAGUUCAAGAUUGCGGCCGAACAAGCCUGGAGUGUUUGGAAGGAGAAUGAUGCGGUUGAAGAACUAUCUCCUGAAGAAUCUCAACGAGUGCGUGAGAGACUGAAGAGAGAAGGCCAACAGGGGAAGAUUCUCACCCCCAGAUACGUGUUUACCGACAAACACGAAGGCCUUCGCACUGAGCAGAACAAGUUGCCUCUCCGUGCACGAGCGCGCAUUGUUGUUCCUGGUUUCAAGGACAUCUUUUCAUUUGGACUUCGAAAGGAUGCUCCUACAUGUUCAAGACUGGCCCAACAUUUCCUUUUGACCUUGACGGCAUGUUUCAAUGUAAUGGCUGUUGGAGCUGACCUUGCCUGGACUUUGCUUUCACCCGACAUCAAGUCAGCCUUCAUGAAAGGAGAUGCCUACAUGGAUGGGACCAGAGAGCUGUUCAUGGAAAACAUCCGAAGUUGGAUGGCGUCCUCAUCUCACAUGUGGAUGAUUUGCUUUUUGGGCGGAAACCGCCGUGCUGUCGCCAAACUUCAAGAGCUUGGACGAGAAUUGGGGUUUGGAAGCACCUCUGAGAAGGACAUCACCUAUUGUGGCAAACGUAUCCGCCAAUGGGAUGACGGCCACAUCACCAUCACCAUGGAAGAGUACCACAGUAACCUGAAGACAGUGAACAUUCCUGUGCCUCGCCGAGCCAACCCAGACUCAGACUUGACGGAGAUGGAACGACGUCAACUUCGCGCAAUCCUUGGUUCACUACAAUGGCUGGUUGCUCAACUGCGAUUUGAUUUGGGUUUUCAGCUCAGCACCUUGCAAGGUGAACCGCCGAAGAUCAGCACCCUGAUGAAGGCGAAUCUGCUUGUCAAGCGCUUCAAGCAGGACCCUGACUUUGCCCUGACCUUCAAGCCGAUGGAUUUGAAGGGAGCGGGAAUCAUGGUGGUAACAGAUGCCAGUUUGGGGAAUGUCACCAAAGCUGGCGGAGCUGAAGGAACUGUGUUGGAAAAGGUGUUUAGCCAAAGCGCCUACUACGUCCUCCUAGCCGACAAGGACCUUUUGGCUGGACGAGAAGGAAGCUUCUCAGUGUUGGACGCAAGAAGCCACAGACUUCCUAGAGUAUGCCGCUCUACAUACGCAGUAGAGCUGCUGGGAACGGAAGAAGCAUUUGAUGUUGGAUGUUUCUGCCGUGGCUGGUGGGCGAUGUUGCAAGGCCUUCCAAUUGAAUACAAACGUGCUGAAGAAGUUAUGGACUGCAUUCCGUUGGCAGUCGUCACCGAUGCACGUGAUGUCUUCGACAAAGGGUCUUCAGACACACCUUCCUACGGAUCUCAAAAAUCCCUGGCGUUCACAGUGGCCUGGAUUCGUGGAGUCCUUAGCAAACCCAACACCAUGCUCAAGUGGACAUCAACGGAGAACCUCUUCGUGGAUUGCGGGACGAAAGACAUGAGCACUGAGCAUGUGCAUAAGAUUCUUAGCAGCUGCCGAUGGAGCGUAACCUUCAACCAAGAGUUUGUCAAGCAGAAGCAGAAGACGAAGCCGAAGAAGCUCGCUGCCGGAAGCUGUGAGAGUCUGCUGGUAGGUAGUGCUUUGGGUGAAAACUCACCUAUUUACCCAUACCUAGCUCAGCUUAGUGCAAGCCCUGGAUGGCACCAACGUGAAGGUGUCCUAAUCAAUGUGGCACGCCAUGCAAAGUCUUUCAGAACUCCAGGAGCCCGUGUGGAUCCAAAGAAAUUUCCUUUGAGAACCACGUAUGCCAGAAUUGACCAUCCAGACGGGAAGUCAGACUGGAGAAUUUUGGAAGAAGGUACAGAAUAUGGCAUUUUGCCAAAUCCCCAUGCACUUUUAGGCACUUUAGCUGGCAUCCUGGUGACGGUGUAUCGUUCACAAGCUACCAAGAAAGAAAUAUCAACUGAGGAAUCCAAAUCAUAG